ACGUUGGGUGCAAAACGGCAAGUUAAUUUCAGUGUGAGGGACUGAGGGUGCAAAAUAACCUUUUUCUAAUUGUUAGGGAUUAUUUAGCCAAAAUGGUCAUACUUUGAGGUGCGAAAUGUAAUUUAGCAUAUUUUAGGAGUAGUUUCAUAAUACAUCGUUGACCAGCAGUCGUCUCUUUGUUUUGCUUACCGAAUCAGAAAUCCGGAAACCAUGAAUUCCGACAGUUUCAGAAGAUCGGAAAACCUCGUCGAAUUAGCCCAACGCCUCCGCCUCAAUAAACCCAACCCUAAUUUCGAAAUUGAAGAUUCCGGCGCCGAACUGUUUCCUCGAUUCGAAACCAGACCCACUAGAGCUGCCGUUUUGAUCUGUUUGUUCGAAGAUGAAAAUGGCGAUCUUCGCGUCAUUCUUACCAAAAGAUCUUCAACAAUGUCCUCUCACUCCGGUGAAGUAGCUUUGCCCGGCGGGAAGAGAGACGACGGCGAUGAAAAUGAUGCUGAGACGGCUUUGAGGGAAGCUAAGGAGGAAAUUGGAUUGGAAGCUUCUGCUGUCGAGGUUGUUACUGUUCUUGAACCUUUUCACACUAAGCGAAACAUUACCGUUUUUCCUGUGAUCGGAAUUAUUUGGGACAAGAGUGCCUUCAACCCUGUCCUAAAUGCUGCUGAGGUGGAAUCGAUAUUCGACGCUCCAUUACUAAUGUUUCUCAAGGACGAAAAUCGAAGACAAGAGGAACGAGAAUUUAUGGGCUGUAAAUAUUUACUCCAUUUCUUCGAUCACAAGGCUCGUAACGAAUCGUAUGUUAUUUGGGCACUUACUGCCGGAAUUUUAAUCAAAGCUGCAUCAGUCGUUUAUCAACUGCCACCUGCUUUCGAAACUCGUAUGCCUCCGUUUUGGAACAGAAAAUAAUAGCCAAUGAAUUAUCAGUCGAGAUUUGUCGUUGAGAAAUACAAUUUGAAUAUUGCGUAAUAAAAUAAAUAUUUCUUGUU